GUGGCCUCGCGCGGCCCGGAGGCUGCGGCGGCAGCAGCUGUCGCGCCAGUCGGAACAGAAGCGGGUCCGAGGCACAGCCCUAUGCCGCUAUGGAGCAGCCGAGGAAGGCGGUGGUAGUGACGGGAUUUGGCCCUUUUGGGGAACACACUGUGAACGCGAGUUGGAUUGCAGUUCAGGAGCUGGAAAAGCUAGGCCUUGGUGACAGUGUGGACCUGCACGUGUACGAGAUUCCGGUUGAGUACCAAACAGUCCAGAGACUCAUCCCCGCCCUGUGGGAGAAGCACAGUCCACAGCUGGUGGUGCACGUGGGGGUGUCAGGCAUGGCGACCACAGUCACACUGGAGAAAUGUGGACACAACAAGGGCUACAAGGGGCUGGACAACUGCCGCUUCUGCCCCGGCUCCCAGUGCUGCGUGGAGGACGGGCCUGAAAGCAUUGACUCCAUCAUCGACAUGGAUGCUGUGUGCAAGCGAGUCACCACGUUGGGCCUGGAUGUGUCAGUGACCAUCUCGCAGGAUGCUGGCAGAUAUCUCUGCGACUUUACCUACUACACCUCUCUGUACCAGAGUCACGGUCGAUCAGCCUUCGUCCACGUGCCCCCACUGGGGAAGCCGUACAACGCGGACCAGCUGGGCAGGGCACUGAGAGCCAUCAUUGAGGAGAUGCUGGACCUCCUGGAGCAGUCAGAGGGCAAAAUCAACUAUUGCCACAAACACUGAGGGACGCUCAGGUCUCCUAAGACCUCAUCCUGCUGGGGACCCCACGAGGGGACAUCCACCCUCUGGGGUGUGGCCAGGAAAAGACAAGCUCUUCAGCUUGGGGAUCCGAUCUGGAAGAGAGGUUCUGAUCUGCCCACCUCCUCUUCCUCCUUCUCUACAAAAGCUCUGGUUGAUUGGACGGAAGUGGUGAAAAUUUUUUUUUCUCCCAUUUUCCUCCUUGCAUCUGGGGACACAGCUGCCGUGACCAGGGAGGCCAGCCUGGGAGGUCCAGAUGCCCAGGGAGAAUCUUGGUCUGGUGGAUCCAUGAGCUGCGAUACCACGGCUGGGGCCACGUGUUCACCUGCUUUCCUGUCUGUUGGUGAAGGAAUUUCAGAAUUCACUUUAUAUCCAAGACUGGCUUUUACCAAAUUUAAAAGCCUCUCAAUGAGUCCUCGACCUUGAACUGUGCUCAACAGCCUGGCCCUUUCUGGGGCCACCCUGGGAUAUGGCAUUUUUUCUUUCUUUCUUUCUUCUCUCUUUUUUUCUUUUCUAAAAAAAAAAAAACAGUGCUAGUUUGGGCACAGAGUAAUUUAUAUUCCUUUUGGUUAAAAUGCAGGCUUUUUAGCCAACAACAAAAGUGUCUUCCCCGCCCCCCCACUCGCCCCCCGGGGUGAGGCCACUUUUGCCUCCUGCCCUGAAAUUUGGACUUAAGAUGCCAUGUCUUGGUGGGGCGCAGUGGCUCAUGCCUGUAAUCCCAGCACUUUAGAAGGCCAGGGUGGGUGGAUCACUUGAGCUCAGGAGUUCAAGAUCAGCCUGGCCAACAUGGUGAAACCCCGCCUCUACUAAAAAUACAAAAAUUAGCCGGGCAUGGUGAUGCAUGCCUGUAGUCCGA